GCAGACGUUCUGUGCUCUCCAACCAGGACCAAGUUAACUACACUGGCUUACAACAGUUGCUUUAUUAUCCAUUUCUACCUUUUGACUGAGAAGAAGAUGAGGGUCGUCAAUAUGGGUCUUCUGCUGGUUUGUGCAGCCUUUGCUCAGUCCUUCAAGUCUCAAGGUGGGGGGAGUCUGAGAGAGGAGGAGGACAUGUGGGGGAACUACCUAAUGGACAGAGAUGACAACCAUGCCGAGAUCAAAGCUGUCCUUCCAGGUACCUGCUCUGCGUGUAAGGGCAUCAUCAACAAGGUCAAGGCCAAGCUGAAUGGUGAUAAUGACAGGGAUAACAUUGCUGCUAAACUGGACUCUAUUUGUCGCAGCUUGGGGAAGCUCAAAGGCGUCUGCAAGAGACUGGUCAAUAAAUACAAAGAACAACUGAUUGAUGCACUUGUCAGUGAUGUGGAUGCAAGGGUUGCCUGUAAGAAAUUGAAGCUAUGCAAAUGAGAUACCAUUCACCCACGAUUGCCCUGGUCACAGGUCUGAGCAUACAUGUUCUGUCUGUUUUUUUUUCAGAUGAACACGCUGUCAUAGCUUAGCUUUACAUUAUUUUCAUACACAACUGUCUGGAUGGAAUGGCAGUCUUUAAAGUCACUUGUAUUGCUACUGCAAUUUUCAUUGAAUUAAA